GUCCUUAAGUCCGCGGUCACACUGCUAAAGAACAAUAAAUCCGUUUGUUGCACAAAAAAUAAAUUUAAAUAAAAUUUAAUCUCAAUUGAUAAUAAAGUACUGUGCUAACACAUACCAAGUGCUUGUGCGUGUGCGGUGGCCGUCGGUGGAAAAACAUUGUUAAUUGGAGCAACGAAGUAGAAGCGUGUAAAGAGUUGCGGAAUUAUCGUCGUGGUCGUGUCAUUAGAAAAAGAAGAGAGCCAGCGAACGAGAGAGCCGCCGCGACACCAGCCAGCAGCCACCAGGCCAUCUCAGUGCCGCAUUUGGCCGCCCGCACGCAUAAAAUAUGAUCAAAUUGCUACGAAAUUGAUUUCAAUUGGCGACUCAACAAAAGCAAACCGAAUCUUCAAUGUUUGACGCCUGCAGCGAAUCUUGAGACUCAUUUCACCCCUCCAAAACGAACAAACAACGGAGCAAGCCAAGUACUUGAGGUUCCCAAAGAAUGGCGCAGAAAACACAGCCGCAGCAGGCAGCGGCACCGCCAUCAUCGGUCGGAGCUGGCACUGCGGCACCCGCAGCAGCCGGAGCAGCAGCAGCAGCACAGCCGCAGCCACCGCCAGUUGCUGCAACCACACCCGUGUCGAAUCCAUCCACGCCGCAGCCUCCUAGCAGCAACAAUAACAAUAAUAGUGUGGUGUCUCCCGCCGGAAACAACAAUAAUAACGUGAUGGCGGCACCCGUCCAGGCCUUCACACCCACCGGACAGCCGAUAUACAACCAAGUUUACAUGCCCGCCCAUGGAGGACAUCCGCAUGCGGGCGGCCACUAUGCUCCAGCCAUGCUCCAGGCACCCAUUCCGAGCAACGUCUAUGUGAACAAUGUCACUGCCAAUGUGAAUCUGCAUGGCUGGUCGCACUCGGUUCCCGCCUACAUACCCGGAGGAGGACAGGCCCACUACAUGGCCCACGGGGACAUGCCACAGGACCAGCAGGGUAAUCCGCUGAUGCAACAACUGCAGCCAUUGCCUAUUAAUUUGGCUGCCCAGGGAGUCAGUCCCAAUCCGCAUAAUCCUGGCAUGGGUGGCCGUGGACGUGCACGUGGGCGCGCCCGUGGCGGAGGUGGGCUGAGACGCAAUGACUACCACGGACCACGUCACCUGCAACAACAACAACAGCAGCAGCAGCAGCAACAACAGCUGAUUUCUCUGGCCCCACAGCAACAACUGCAGCCGGACGGCGGCGGCGCCGGGACGCCCAACAUGCAGCUCCAGCCGGACCAUCAGCUGGUUGCCGGACCGCCCGAAGGUCAAAUGCAGCCCGUUCCCUACUACGCGCCCCAUCACUACACCUACGGGCCGUAUCCCGCUACCUAUUUUGCACCGCAGCAUGCGGCCCUGCAGGGUCCGCCCAACGCGGCCGCAGCAGCGGCUGCCCAGCAGGCCACCGGCCCCCCGCUUUACAUGCCGAUGAUGUACAAUCCGGCUGCCAUGUACAACUGCAUGGGAGGCUACGUCUACCAGCAUCUCAUCCCACAACAGGAGUACCAAUACGUGCCCGAGGAUGGCAGCCAGGCGGGCGGCAUAGAUGAGCGUGGCCAGCAGCCGGAUGGAGGCAUGCCACAGAUCUGGCAUGCCGGCCCCAUGUACGCGGAGGAGUACGCCGACGUGCUUCAGCAACAGCAACAACAGCAGCAGCAGCAGCAGGUCUCGCAUCCAAAUGGGGCCCCUACUCUCGGGGAUGAGCUCAACCACAACAGCUUCUCGCUGCCCUCCUCGGAAACGGGCAGCAUGCUGAGCCCCAGCUGUUCCGUCUACGAGGCGUCGAUCCAUGAGAUGCAGCACCAAAUGAGCGUCAUGCAAAUCUACGACGAUGGACAGAUGGCCUCCCUGCAGACCAUUCACCCGGGAGCUGGUCCAGCCCAACAGUACGUGGAUGAGCUAUCUGAAUGCGGUGUUGCACCGCCUGGAGCCAUUCCAGUGGAAUGGCAAGCCCCAAUACCAAUAGCCGGACCAGCAGCCAUGUUGCCUCCACCGCCACAGUGGCAGGCGGGGCAGGAAUGGCAGCAACCGACAACAGUGGCCAUCGAACAGCAGCCACAGCAAAUGAUUCAGGCGCAGCCAUCGCAAGCCCCCACACCGACACCACAGCAACAGCAGCAGCAGCAGCCACCGCCGCCGCCGCCGGCGCAUCAGGAUCAGCUGGUCGUGGAGAAGAAUUUGAUGAACAAUAAUAAUGAAGUUCCUUUGGAGAAUGUUUUGAGCAAUGAAAAACAGCAGCAGAUCGAAAUUGAGUAUCAGCAGCAGCACCAGCAACAACAAAAACAACAACAACAACAGCAACAGCAACAAGAGCAGCAACAACAACAACAGCAGCAGCAGCAACAACAACAACAGCAGCAGGCACAUCCUCCUCCGCCGCAGCAACAGCAGCAACAGUUGCCACAGCAAAUUGAGAAGCAGGCAACGAAAGUUGCUGCCCAUCUGGUGGUGGCAACAGUGGCACCUCAACAGCAACAGCAACAGCAGCAGGCGGCACCGCAGCACCAUCAACAGCAACAGACAUCGCCAGUGGUGAUGCCACAGCAGCAACAGCCCCAACAGCAGCAGCAGCAACUACCCCAGCAGCAACAGACCAGCUACCAGGAUAUGCAACAUCAGGCACAGCAACAUCAGCCACAGCCACAUCAACAUCAGCCACAGCAACAUCAUCAGCAACAUAUGCAGCAACAGGCGCCACAGCAGCAAGUGCGAAAGCCGCCUCAGCAAUAUAAUCAAGCGCAGCAGCAUCAGGUGCGUCGCAAGUACUCGUCGGAGUACAAUCAUCAUCACCAAGGAGCAGGAGUCAGCAGCAGCAGCGAGACGGGGAUACAGACCACAAAGACUAAGUCCUGGACAAACUCCGCGCAGCACAAGAAGUCCACGCAGUCCGUUUCGGUGACGGCAUCGCCCAACAAUGUGAACAAUGGUCCAGGAGGAGCGGCAACAGCAGGCGGCAGUGGCAGUGGCGGCUUCAGCAAACCCGGCGGCUACAGUCAUACCACAAAGACGUACACCAAUCAGCAGCAUUACCAGCAGCAGCACUAUCAGAAUAAUUAUACGAACAACAGCAGCACCAGCAGCAAUAGCAGCAGCAGCGGCGGCGCCAACAAUAGCAGCAGUGGCAGCAACAAUCAGCCGCAAGUUCGUACCUAUGGAACGAUGAAGGUGCCCUCGUCGCCGGUGGCAAGCAAUGCACCACUGCUAGAGCGGAAGAACAGUCAGCAAGGAGGAGCCACAGGAGCAGCAGCAGCAGCAGCAGCAGCAGCAGCAACAACAGCGGCAGCAGCAGCAACAACAGCGGCAGCAACAGCAGCAGCAACAGCAGCAGCAACAACUACCUCAACGGCGAGCAUAACAGCGACGCCGAGCCAUUUCCAGCAGCAGGAGACGAGCAAUGCGACGGCAGCAGCUCCUCAGCAACAACAGCAGCAGCCACAACCUCCCACACAGCCAGCGGCAACCACCAAGACCUACAGCAGCUAUGCGGCCAAGCGGCAGCAUACUGUCUACGAGCAGCCAGCGCUAAGCACCGUGGUAUCCUCAUCCGCAUCCUCUUCUUCCGCCAAUCCCCAGCCGCCACUUAAUCUGGCACCGCCUGCACCGCCUGCUUCGCAGAGCAACCAAAACAGUGCCGAGAGCUCGCAGCCGUCGUGGGCGAGUCUGUUUGCCAACAAGAAGCCAGUGGCCAAGGUGGCACCUUACGAGGCCAACAAACCAGCACCGGCAACGGCGCCUUUGCCACCGCUUCAGCCAGUGAUACAGUUGGCACCGCCGCAGCCACAGCUACAGGUUCAACCACAGCCGCAGGCCACAGUGGUAGUUGCAUCAGUACCACAGCCUCAGGCUCAACCUCAGCUGCAGCCGCAGGUACAGCCACAGAUACAGAUACAGAUACAGCCACAGAUACAGCCACAGGUGCCGCUUCAGACACAGCCACAGCCUCAACCUCAACCUCAGCCACAACCACAACCACAGCUGAAGCCCCAACCUCAACCACAGUUGAAGUUCCAACCACAACUGCAGCCACAGCCAAAACUGCAGCCACUUUUGCCCGCGCCGACAGCCCACCAGCAACUGCAACUUCCAGCACCCGUGCCUGCGCCCAUCACGCCUUUGAUAACACCCGGGACGCUCUCGUAUUCGGCUGCCUCUGCACAAGCGAUGCCAGCGCCCAGUCCCUCGGCAUCGAUCAAGCCACUGAAGCCAGAGCCUGCUGCGCGUCCGGCGGCCCAGCUCGAUGAGUGGACCAACAAAUACGCAGAUUUCUUGACACGUCAUAAGACCAAUUUGACGCCCAUUAGCCUGCGUCCCAGGGGCCUGACCAAUCGCUCAAACUAUUGCUACAUUAACUCUAUACUCCAGGCGCUGCUGGGCUGCUCGCCGUUCUACAAUCUGCUGCGAUCGAUACCCAAACAGGCGGCGGUCCUGAGUGACGUGAAGACGCCCACAGUGAAUGCCAUGAUGUCUUUUAUGACCAACUUUUCAUCGCUGCCCAGUGGCCUGCGUCUGCGUUUGAACACCCUCAAUAAGGCAGCCCAAAACAAGGGCAAAGAUGAAUUUGCCGGCACGGAUCUGCAAUGCGAUAUUGCCUUUGAGCCCACGGAUAUCUACAAGCUGUGGAACGAUAGCCGCGAAGAGCAUGUCGAGGGUCGCCAGGAGGAUGCCGAGGAGUUUUUAGGCUAUGUUUUGAAUAAACUCAACGAUGAGAUGUUGGAGGUAAUAAAACUGAUUGCCAAACCCGUGCCUCAACAGAAUGGCCAAGAGCAGCCGGAGUCGGAAGAUGGUGGUGAGGUCUGGCAGAAGAUCUGCAACAAUCGCAACAAGGGCAGUGUCACACGCCAAACAGAUUUUGGACGCACACCCAUCAGCGACAUCUUUCGCGGAGAAUUGCGCUCCCGUUUGCAACGCGAGGGAGAACACUCCACGGAUGUGAUUCAGCCGUUUUUUACUCUCCAAUUGAACAUUGAAAAAGCCGCUUCUGUCAAGGAAGCUCUAGAGAUCCUGGUGGGUCGUGAUCAAAUAGAGGGCGUCACUGGCAGCAAGACCAAACAGGAGGUAGUGGCCUGGAAGCAAAUGACCCUCGAAAAGCUGCCAGUUGUACUGAUAUUGCAUUUAAAGUACUUCGAUUACCGAUCCGAUGGCUGCACAAAGAUCCUAAAGAAAGUCGAGUUCCCCGCCGAACUGAAGAUCGAUGCCAAGAUACUUGGCUCAAAGAAGACCUCACAGAAGCAGCGUGCCUACCGCUUGUUUGCUGUUGUCUAUCACGACGGGAAAGAGGCCUCCAAGGGGCACUACAUUACGGAUGUGUUCCACACGGGGUACAAUAAUUGGCUGCGCUAUGACGACAGCUCGGUGAAACCGAUUAGCGAGAAGCAAGUGCUGCAGCCGCAUGCGCCGCGGGUGCCUUACCUACUCUACUAUCGUCGCUCAGAUACGAUACAGCAUGCCACACAGCCGCACCAGCAGGCAAAUGGGGGAGCUGCAUCGGGAGGCGUUGUGGGAGGAUCAACAGCCAAUUCGGACGCCAAUAAGUGAAAGAAAAAUUGUAAAAUAUAUCAGUUGUACCGAUAACUAUAAGUGUUAGGCGAUAUAGAGUGAGCGAGAGUGAGAGAGAGUGAGAGAGAGUGAGAGAGAGUGAGAGAGAGUGAGAGAGAGUGAGAGAGAGUGAGAGAGAGUGAGAGAGAGUGAGAGAGAAUGAGAGAGAGUGAGAGAGAGAGAGAGACCGAGCGAGUGAGUGAGUGAAAGAGUUUGGUUUUUAGAUGCAUAUACAUAUACAAAUAACAUAGCGAUUAAGAUAUAUUCAAGCGGUAUAUUAAGCCAAAAGUCCAAAGCGCAUGUGUGCGAAGAGAAGUGUGUGAGUGAAGCAAGGAACUGUAGCUCUAAGCUUAGGAAUUUAGCGAUUAAGAUGACUUCUUGAAACGAAUUCGUUGUACAAAGAGUAGCGAGAGGACGGCAAAUGAAAUCGUUGUACAACUAGUAGCGAGACAGAGUAGAAAGAGAAAGAAAAGAACUCGUAGCAAGUGAGAACGAACACUCGUACAAAGAGUAGCAAGAGAGAAACGAACACUCGAUAAACUGAACAGCGAGAGAAAAAAUAUCAUCUAUAACUUAGUUCUAAAGAAUAACUAGUUCCCCCCACUUUCCCCCAUUUCUUUCUCCACGGCAAAAAACAAAAAACUACUCUAGCCAUUAUCGUUAGUCAGUGUAUAGCCCCCUCCACCCUAGAAUUCUUUGAUUUAUGACAAAACAUUUAGAGCUGUAAAUAUUAUACGAUUUAACUAUAUAUUGUACUGCAGUUUUUCGUGUGUGGCAUGCAGCAUGUGCAUUUAGACGCCCAACAAUAUAUAUGGAAUGCUUUGAAUA